AUGAGCCAGCAGUUCGAGCUCGACUUCGACUUUGGCUCGCCCGAGCCGGCGCCGCCAUCGCCGCCUGCCCCAGCUGCUCACUCGCCAGCUCGCUCGCCAGCUCGCUCACCAGCCCGCUCACCAGCCGCCCAGGCGCUCAACGGGUUCUCGAAACCGGCCCCAGUACCCAUGGAGGAAGACGACGUGCCGGACGAGGACGAGCUGCUCGCCAUGAUGGAGCAGGACGUGCGGGAGAACAUGGCGCGCGACGUUGAGAACCUCGAGGUGCUGAAGCGUAGGGAGGACGAGCAGAAGGCUGCUGCGGCACGGAGAAGGGCGGCGAUCAUGGCUGCGCUUGGUGGCGAGCCGCUGCAGGACAUUACGAACACAUCGACCGAGACGCAGACUACGCACAAGGGGUCAAGCACGCAACCGACAUAUACCCAGGCCACGCAGAAGAACGGCGAGAGCAGCAGGUUCGAGGCCGACUUUGACUUUGGCGAGCCGGCGGCUGCUUCUUCUGACGCCAGAAUCGACCGCGAAAUCAACGUCGACCCCCGCGCCAAGGGCAAGGGCGUUGCGCAGACGAUGUGGGUCGACAAGUACAGACCAAAGCAGUUUGCAGACCUGCUUGGAGAAGAUAACGACCCUCUUGGACGACCACGAGAACGCAUCCUCUUGCUGUCUGGACCGCCAGGAUACGGCAAGACCACCCUGGCCCAUGUUGUUGCCAAGCAUGCGGGCUACCGGACACUCGAGAUCAAUGCCUCGGACGACCGAUCAGCCGCAACUGUCUCUGUCCGCAUUCAGAAUGCGAUCGACGCUGGAUCAGGACUGGGCUCCGAGGGAAGACCAACAGCCGUUGUAAUCGAUGAGAUCGACGGAGCCAGCGGAGGAGGUGACACUAGCUUUGUCCGAAGCCUCAUCAAGCUCAUCCAAGACGUGCCCGCAAAGAAGAAGGGGAACCAGCCGGCCAAGCCGCUCCGACGCCCAAUCAUCUGCAUUUGUAACGACCUGUACGCACCAGCAUUGCGUCCGCUGCGACAGUUCGCGCGCAUCGUCCGCUUCCGCAAGCCGCCAACUCAGUUCAUUGUGGCCCGCCUGCGCGAGAUCUGCGACAGAGAGAAGCUGUCCGCCGAUACCAGGGUACUCACCACGCUCGUCGAACUGACGGGAGGUGAUGUGCGAAGCUGUUUGAACACACUUCAAUCCAAAUCGGACGUAGUCACAAAUGACGCGAUCAAAUCAACCUCCGUCGGGGCAAAAGAUUCGGGAACAACCUUGCAGGCGACCUGGAACACGCUAUUCGUGCCGAUGGCGGCCAAACAGCGCCGCAAGGUCAUUGGUAUCGAUGACGGACGAUACGUCGAUCGUAUCACGUCAAUAGUGCAGACUUGCGGGGAGUACGACCGCCUCGUUCAAGGGUGUUUCGAGCACUACCCCAACCUGAAACCUCUGGAUGCCAGCUUCGCCAACGUCUGCCGCCAGCUCGAUUGGGUGGCCUACUUUGACAGGCUGAACGGGAAGAUCAGCCAGACGAUGGAGUUUGAGCUGUACCCAUACCUCCCGUACGCGGUUACUGCUUGGUAUUCACAUUUCGCGGCACCAGGAAACGCAACUCGGCCCGCUGAAUGGCCUAAAGCAGACUAUGAGCUCACCCUUCAGGCUUACCAGACGCGGAUCGCUAACGAGGAGAUAGCGCGCAAUUUCAUGGCGUCUGAACAGCCCAUCCUCCGCUCGCUAUUCAGCGCGAGCGCGACAAUGACGGAGUUGCUGCCGCUUCUUAUGCGGAUCAUCUCACCUCCGCUGAAACCAGUCAAUGCAAACAUUGUCAAGUCAAGCGAGAAGGCUGUACUCGCUCGGCUCGUCGAGCUCAUGAUCCCUCUCGGCCUCAGGUUCUGGCAGGAGAAGAACGAGGAUGGGCAACCCAUGAUGCGUCUGGAACCGGCGAUUGACGUAUUCAUCCACUACGAGGGUAAGCGGGCGGGUGACAUUGCGGCAUCCCGUUUCGCUGUGCGGCAACUGGUUGCGCAAGCGAUCGAAGCCGAAAUCGCACGGCGACGCGGGACCGCGUCCACUGAGGAUGGCAAGACAACGUCCUCGUCGGCCGCUCACUUUGUCGAGCAGUACGCGGCCGCGAAGGGCGCUCAGGCGGGCCAGCAGUUGAACACCGACGCCACAAGUGCCGCUGCCACAGUCGACUUCUUUGGCCGUGCGAUCAGCGUGCCGAAUCCGGCACCUGCGGAUGGCGCCACAGCAGGAGUGAGCGAAGUAACGAGAAAGUGGGAGAGAUUGAGGGUCAUGGCAGACGGAUUGUCCGCUUCCCCCCUUGAUCUAGGACGCAAGACUCCGGCUUCCAAGGACCCCAGAUGUUCGAUGGGACGACCAAUUGUGGUCUUGUGA